GAGGAGGACGACGAGCUGGAGAGCGCCGAGGACGACGAGCGCAGCUGCCGGGGCCGGGAGUCUGACGAAGACACUGAGGAUGCUAGUGAAACUGACCUGGCAAAGCAUGACGAAGAAGAUUAUGUAGAAAUGAAGGAACAGAUGUAUCAGGAUAAACUGGCUUCUCUCAAGAGACAGUUGCAACAGCUUCAGGAAGGUACAUUACAGGAAUAUCAGAAAAGGAUGAAAAAACUAGAUCAGCAGUACAAAGAGAGGAUACGAAAUGCAGAACUCUUCCUCCAGCUGGAAACUGAGCAAGUGGAAAGAAAUUACAUCAAAGAAAAGAAGGCCGCGGUGAAAGAAUUUGAAGACAAGAAGGUGGAGCUGAAAGAGAACCUGAUUGCUGAGCUAGAAGAAAAGAAGAAAAUGAUAGAAAAUGAAAAGCUCACGAUGGAGCUGACCGGAGAUUCAAUGGAAGUGAAACCCAUCAUGACCAGAAAGUUGCGGAGGCGACCGAAUGACCCCGUCCCCAUCCCAGACAAGAGGAGAAAACCCGCACCUGAUAUCCUUGCAUCUGAAGUGAUUUUCUCUAAGAUUUUGUUGUUGUUCUUCCUACAGCUUAAGUCACCCAAGAGACCAGCAUCCCCAUCCUCUCCUGAACACUUGCCGGCCACACCUGCAGAGUCUCCAGCCCAGAGAUUUGAAGCUCGGAUAGAAGACGGCAAACUGUACUAUGAUAAAAGAUGGUACCACAAGAGCCAAGCCAUCUAUCUGGAGUCAAAGGACAACCAGAAACUGAGCUGUGUGAUCAGCUCUGUCGGAGCCAAUGAGAUCUGGGUGAGGAAGACCAGUGACAGCACCAAGAUGAGGAUCUACCUGGGCCAGCUGCAGCGCGGGCUCUUCGUGAUCCGCCGGAGGUCAGCGGCUUGACUUUCUACGGUGUUCUUCCCUUGACCCCUUUUCUGGAGCGGUUUUUGGUUUUGUUUUGUUUUCCUCUUAAUAGAAAGUUUUUAACUUGGGGAUUGCUCCUUGGCCAUGGAAAAUGGCGAACACAGUUGUGGAUUCUGCAAGGCGCUGUUGUGGCCGGCCACUCCCCAUCUGUGUGUCCUUCCUGAUCCACCUCGACUCCUUCCAGUCGUCAGUCACCAUGAGACUCUCUCACUUCUGGGAGCACUGGGAGUUGCUUUACUUCUUUUUUUCUUUGCUUAUACUUUUUCUUUUUCUUUUUUUUUUUUAAAUUUAAGCCUCCUUUGAGUUUGAAGGGACAACUCGAUUAAUUCUCUUUAGGUUUUCCUGCCAUGAAGAGGAGUAGGAAGGGAUAUACUCUACAAUGCGUUUUCAUGUAUUGAAUCUGAUUAGUGGAUAACGUAGCUACUUUCUUUGUUGGGCCCAAUUCGCUGUUUCCCCAGAAGCUCGGGGCAAAGGUCCUAGUGGAAGGAGAUUAAUUCUCCUGGCUCUCAGCCUUCUCGGAGAAAUAAAUGCCUUGUGUAACAUCUGGCGUAUGCCAUCCAUUCCAUUGGCUGAAAGACAGAAAAACUUGCCUGGGAGACUACGUGUGCUGCAGUAAAUGGGGUCGGGGGAGGGGCCGUUUCAUAUUCAUGAAGUACUGACGGUACCAUAUUUUAAAUGUUGUUUAGUGCAGUCGGUUUUAUUAAGACACGUUUGUUCUAGCUCAGGCUGGAACAAGAAGUGGUCCUUUUGGAAGUUUUCACCUGUAAUUCACUUCUCUCUCCUGCUCCCAAGUAGACGAGGCGGUGCCUGCCGCAGGCUGAUUAUCUAGGGGGUCUGUUGUAGGUGGGGAGGUGAGAUGGAUGGUGUCAUCGUCAGUGGUCCAUAGACUCUCACUCAUAACUCACACUGCGCUCCUGUUGCUGUUGCCAUUGUCGCACUUGGCUGUUCCGAACCCAUGGAACCUAAUUUGGGCACUCGCGGCCUCCCAGGCCAUCUCCUGGGAGAUCUGGCCCAGGUGGAGACAGGGCAGGCUGUGGCUGCCACUAAACCUGCACUCUCCCUAAAGAGUCCUGAUGAAGCAGCCUUCCCUGCUCUCCCGGCUCCCUUUCCCUCGUUCCCAUCAUCGGAGAAAUGAUUCAUUGGGUGACUUUUUUUUUUUUUUAAUAUUCUAGUUUCCACUUAAAUGCUUCAAAUAUUUAGAGUUAGAGCAAGUGUUAGCAUCUCUACGGACAAUCAAUAGACCUUACACAGCCUAAGAAAUCGUUGUAACUAACUCCCUUGGUCUCAAGUGGUUCUCUUUGUGUUGUUUCUUGAUGCACAUACCCAAAAGUGAGUUGGGGAGCUGUGAUGACAAGUAAAUGACCUUCUCCAAAGUCCUGGCUUCAACAGAGACCAGACCUUACAGACUCAGAGUAGAGAUUUGCACAGAUACAUUUUAGUUUUAAUUUAUAAUCCAAUUUUUCUCUCAUUUUUUUCUGGUGUUGGAGUCUCCUUUAGAGAACAGGAUAAAUGAUGCUGUUUAUCAAUUUGCCUGGGUGCUCUGUGUUUCUUCUUUGCCUCCCAGCCCCACCCCCACCCCCACCAUUGUGAUCUUUACAAUAAGAUCGGGGCUUCACCUUUUGUUUCUUCCUCGCGGCCUUUGCUGUAAGAGAGGCUCUCUCGAUGGAAUUGUCCCUGUGAUGUAUGUAACAUCUCAUGAUGUCAGGGAGCUCUUUGUUAUCCCUUAGUGCCCUGUAAUGGAAAUUUAUUUAGAUGUAUUUAGUGUGUGUUGCCAUUGAAAGUGGUGGGUCUUUUGUUGCUGUUGUUUUUAAAUGAUUGUUUUGUCUUCCCUAACAGUACAGCAGUUUGUUUUUUGGGGGGAAGAAUUGUAUUGAUAAUCACUGGAGGUUCAGUUUGAAGCAGCAACAAGUUGCCUGGUUUUCCUGCCUUGUCUGGUGGCUCUGUUGUGCUGUCAUGAAAGACACUUAUUUGAAGACCGGGCACUUGAGCCUUUUCCCUUCUAUGAAUGUUUGAGGUCAGACUUUAGCAUGGUCUCGGCCCCAUCACUGCCUUCUCCUCAGUAGCCUCACAGCCCUUAAAAAUCAUGAUCUCAUGAAAAUGGGGUAAACUGUGAAGUACUCUUGAGACACAGCACAGUAAAUUAUAUUCCUAAUCCCGGAUGAGUUGAUUUUUUAUUUAGUCACUCUGCAGAUGGACGAAUCAGCAGUUCAGCCCAUUAGACAGGCCCCUGUGGUGACCAGGGGUGGAAAAGGCCCCUUGUUAGGAGGAAAUGGAGGUCCUUUUGUGAUGAGCAAAAUCAACCUAGAGAGGAAAAGAAAAACAGACUUUGAGCUUCCUAGAGUAAGAGGGGCCUGGCUGUCUAUUCUUACUCCAAAAGGUCUCCGUCUCUCCUUAGACCCCAGGGCACCAGAUGGAUCCCCAAAUUUAGCCUGUUUCCUACAGGUGACAUUUUGAUAAAAUUUGGUCCAGACAGUUUCGAUCAAGAACCUGUAUGUGUGUUAUUUUGAUCAAGAACCUAUGCGUUUAUUUUGUUGGAGGCAUCUGCCUCAAGGAUUAUACGCGGUGUUUGCUUUGGAUGUGUCCUUGUAUUUAUUUUACCUCCACUUGGAGGUUUUUAUGUGCCUCCCUCAACUUCCUCCUCCCCCACAAGCCAGUGUCCUCUUGAACAGUGUCCAGAUUCUGUAGCCAUACCAAAGCCCAGGAUGUUUUCAUUCAUUUGGAUACCAGUAUUUUUGGAAGUCUAACUACCUAAUGUAAAUUUUUUUUUAAAAAAACUUCUAGCUGAGGCCAGUGUAAGAUCGCAGAGGCUGGUCUGCAAAUCAAGCUGCUUGUAUUUGUGUGUGAGAUCCUGCGUUUAGGAUUCGGUGACUUUUCUAAGAGAAAUGUGGGGGGUGGGGUGGGGUUGGUUGCAUUUUUUUACCUAACUUUGGGGUGGAGGGAAAUCCUAUUUUUUACAGUAUUUUUGUUUUCAUUUUUCUAUUAACAUUUCCUCUUAGCCUUGAAUUUUUACUAAAUUUCCUCCUGAUUUGAGAAUCUUGUUUCUAAUCUGGGAAUUUGAAAACUCGGUACAUAAUGUUACACCAGUUUUUCCAAAGAGUUCAAACCACUUUGAUAGCAGAACACGGCAAAAAAACGAAAAACAGCAGCCAUUUCAGGCAACUGGUGGGCUUUUUAUACAAUAACAUUGUUAACUGGUACAUUAAAUGUUCUGAGAGGUGAAUGUAAAAUGUAAAAGAUAGAGGUUUUUUGUGUGUUUCUUUUUAAUUACAAUAAACUUUCAAAGAGAAAACCA